CAAUUUAUUUGUUUUUUUUUAUGGUUUUUUAUUCUAUUUAUUUUUGAAUUUAAAUUAAUUAAUAAUAUGAAUUCCUUAGUUGUAAAAAUUAGUAUUUAAAUAGUAUGUAAAUUUACAAUUAAGUUAGAUGUAGAAGAAUAGGAUAAUGAGAAAGAAUAAUAAUAAAGUCAUUGUUGUGAAUUAUACCGCCAACGAUACGCGUCUUUCUUCUCGCCGUCCAUAAAAAAUAAUAUUUAGAAAUUAUAAAUAAAUUAAUUUUAUAAUUAAAAAAAAAAUAUAAUACCCUUAAAAUAAAGGGUAACAUUUUGGUGCCGAAACCCGGGAGUAUAAAGUGUCGGUGUGUUUUGUUAAUUUUGUGCAAAACAGCCUUGUUAAAAUACUACAAGGAAGAAGAAGACAAUAUUAAAAAACAAUUAAAUUAAAUAAAUCAAAUAAACACUCCCCAUCAAAAGAUCUGCUGCUGUCAUCAAAUCCAGAUGCCCCGUCGCUGCGAUUGCCGUCUAUGCAGGAGCAAACACAACAAUCAGGAGAGUGAUUCUGAUUCACAGGUUUGCCGCGAGGCGUGGGCUCCCCAAGAGGAUAUACUGCGACAACGCGACGAAUUUCGUGGGAGCCAGCAGAGAGCUGAGGGAGCUUCAGGAGAAGUUCCUAGCAGGCCGAGAAACCGUGGAGGAAUACGCUGCCUCGUUGAACGUGCAGUUCAGCUUCAUUCCUCCGAGGGCGCCUCAUUUCGGAGGGCUGUGGGAAGCUGCCGUAAAACAGGCGAAGUUCCUGCUUCUACGAGCUGUCGGCAAAGUGCUGCUGACACAAGAAGAGAUGGUCACAGUGCUCGUAGAAGUAGAGGCGGUGCUAAACAGUCGCCCCAUAGCACCGCUGUCUCCAGACCCCAACGACGGAGAAGCUCUGACUCCAGGGCACCUACUAAUCGGAGCGGGUCUGCGUUCGCUGCCGCCAGAAUCCGUCGGAGAAGACAGCGACAACAAGGAGAGGUACUGCAAGCGCUGGCAGAUGCUCUCCGCUCUCAAGCAGAGGUUCUGGCGGGCUUGGUCGAGGGAUUACGUCCUAGGACUACAGGACAAGGCCAAGUGGCACAAUCCCCAGCCCAACAUAGAGGUCGGUCAACUAGUCCUCGUGCACGAGGACAAUCUGCCACCUCAAGAGUGGGUAACCGGCCGAAUCGUCAACGUCACCGAGGGCCAAGACGGAAAGGUCAGGGUGGCGGAAGUAAAAACAAGGACGGGCACAUUUAAGAGGCCAAUAAGGAAGCUCGCUCCAAUACCGAUUUGUUGAAGUCCUGCAGCCAUUCAAUGGGGGCAGAAUGUUGGAGCAGUUUUAUUGAUUCAAAUUGAAUUUUGUUAAUUGUAAUUUUUAUUUCAAUUUAUUUGUUUUUUUUUAUGGUUUUUUAUUCUAUUUAUUUUUGAAUUUAAAUUAAUUAAUAAUAUGAAUUCCUUAGUUGUAAAAAUUAGUAUUUAAAUAGUAUGUAAAUUUACAAUUAAGUUAGAUGUAGAAGAAUAGGAUAAUGAGAAAGAAUAAUAAUAAAGUCAUUGUUGUGAAUUAUACCGCCAACGAUACGCGUCUUUCUUCUCGCCGUCCAUAAAAAAUAAUAUUUAGAAAUUAUAAAUAAAUUAAUUUUAUAAUUAAAAAAAAAAUAUAAUACCCUUAAAAUAA